AUGAUGAUUAUAUCAAAUACGGUUUUGUUUCUAUACAAGAAAAAUGGUGUUGACCAGCCGCAAAGUGUUAUUUGCUAUGGGGUAUUGAGCAAUGAUUCCAUGAGACCACCUCGUCUGGAACGCCAUUUGUGGGCAAAGCAUGGUGCAUUGAAAGAGAAGCUGAAGGAAUUUUUUGCUGCAAAAUGUGAUAAUUUGAAACGAAUGAAGUUGGAAACUGCUGGAUCCUUUGCUCAGACAUCAGAAAAGGUACUGGAAGCCUCAUAUGAGUUAUUGCUACUUAUUUCAAGGACCAAGAAAAUUCAUAUUAUCGGAGAGACACUAGUCAAACCCUGUUUGUUGAUAGCUGCUGAUAUUGUUCUUUGGUCAGAAAAGUUAAAGUCAACUUCAAAAGCAAUUCAUAUAAUGGCAGCCGUCUCUGAAUUCUUUUGUAAAAAUGAGUUAUCAUGGCAGAAACUGAUAGGCGUACGCACAGACGGCGCCCCAUCAAUGCUUGGAUAUCGCUUAGGAUUCGUGCAGAUGGUCAGAGAAAAAAACCCUAGUGUUACUGCUAUCCACUGUGUAAUACACCAUCAAGCAUUGGCUGCUAAGACACUUCCAAAGGAACUCAAUGAUGUCUUGAAACUGUUAUUUACGGCUCUUUGUGAAGACUUGAGAGCUGAGUAUAAAACACUUAUUUCAUACAGAAGUACGCUGGCUCUCGAAAGGAAAUAUACUAGGAAGAUUAUUUGA